AUGGCUUUCCGCCGGAGGACGAAAAGUUACCCGCUCUUCAGCCAGGAGUUCGUCAUCCACAACCAUGCGGACAUCGGCUUCUGCCUGGUGCUCUGCGUCCUCAUCGGGCUUAUGUUCGAGGUCACUGCCAAGACUGCCUUCCUAUUUAUCUUACCUCAGUACAAUGUUAGCAUGCCUACGGCAGACGGCGAGACGGUGCACUACCACUACGGCCCGAAAGACCUGGUCACUGUCUUGUUCUACAUCUUCAUCGCCAUCAUCCUGCAUGCCGUGGUGCAGGAGUACAUACUAGACAAAAUCAGCAAACGGCUUCAUCUCUCCAAAGUCAAGCACAGCAAAUUCAACGAGUCUGGGCAGUUGGUGGUCUUUCAUCUCAGCUCGGUGAUCUGGUGCUUCUACGUGGUGGUGACGGAAGGAUACUUAACAAACCCGAGGAGCCUCUGGGAAGACUACCCACAUGUGUACCUCCCCUUCCAGGUGAAGUUCUUCUACCUGUGCCAGCUGGCCUACUGGCUGCACGCGCUUCCCGAGCUCUACUUCCAGAAGGUACGGAAGGAGGAGAUCCCGCGGCAGCUCCAGUACAUCUGUCUGUACCUGAUCCACAUCGCAGGCGCGUACCUCUUAAACCUGAGCCGCCUUGGCCUCAUCCUGCUCCUGCUGCAGUACUCUACGGAGCUCCUCUUCCACACGGCCCGGCUCUGCCACUUCGCCGACGAGAACAAUGAGAAGCUGUUCAACGCCUGGGCGGCCGUAUUUGGAGUCACCCGCCUCUUCAUCCUCACCUUGGCUGUGCUGGCCAUCGGCUUCGGCCUCGCUCGCGUGGAAAACCAGGCCUUUGACCCCGAGAAGGGGAACUUCAACACGUUACUCUGCAGGCUGUGCGUGCUGCUGCUGGUGUGUGCCGCCCAGGCCUGGCUCAUGUGGCGCUUCAUCCACUCGCAGCUGCGGCACUGGCGCGAGUACUGGAGCGAGCAGAACGCCAAGCGCAGGGUGCCCGCCGCCCCCAGGCUGGCAGCCAGGCUCAUCAAGAGGGAGUCGGGUUACCACGAAAAUGGGGUGGUGAAAGCCGAGAAUGGAACCUCCACACGGACUAAGAAACUGAAGUCUCCUUAA